CGGGGUGCCAGUGACUGGGCUGCUGAGGCGAAAGGAGUGGGAUUGGUCUACAGUGGUCAACUUCCAGAGCGACCCCCCUUCAUCCUCUCUCCCAGCCCAGUGAGGGUGCACGCCACCGAGGCACACACACCAUGACCACGGGGCGUACGCCAGCCGAGACCAGGCUAGACCUGGAGGACAUAGAGGAGCAGGAGGAGACCCCUCUGUGGGUCCCACCCCUGGGGAUCCCUCCAGGCAGACACACUGCAGAGGGACUACUGGAGGAAGUAGUGGAGGUAGAGGCAGAGGAACCAGCCCAGGAGGAGGACUCCACCCACAGUGACACCAGGCUUCUGGUCAAGGACAGGGACCCAAGGGGAGUCAACAAGUGUCUAAAGGUAACUGACACACACAGCAGCACAGCCUGGUAAACAGCGAGGUAAAGUGGAGGUUUAGACAGACAGACAGCACUCUGUGGGAGAUAAAAGCACUGUGUGUGUUUGCCCAUACUCCACAUACAGUACCACACAUCCCCUGUCUGUUGACUCCAGAUAAUGGAAGGGGAGGUUUAAACACAGGGACGAAGUAAGAGAGACACUAUGGAAACAAUCCCGUAAUGAUGUUCUGUGAUACUCUGGUAAUGUUAUGGUUGAGAUAGGAAGUAAUUUGGAAGGAUUUUGGUAGCAUACAUAGUGCUGUGUACACCAUGAGCCGUUAAUGGUAAACUUGUUAUGUAAUAUACAAUGUAUACAUUGUUCAGUGGUAUGGAUUAACUGCCUAGGAUUUUAUUGAGAUGAGCACUCAUUUAUCUCAAAGCCCAUAUAUUUAAUGGUACACUGGACAUAAAUCUGGAGGCAAUGGGGAGGGAGAUCUGCCAUCCAACGAAGUGGAAUCUGAUGUUGGAAAGUGGUGUGUUGAGCGAUAUUGACCUCGUGUGGACACAGUUAGAACUGUGCCUUGUGUGUCAUCUCAAAGAUCAGUACUCCUCUCCCGCUGUGACCAUAUGAGUGAUGAUUCAGGGCUCUAUUUAAUCUGUAUCGCUGAAGCGUUACAGAUUGGGCAAUAGAAAUGUAAAGGUAAUUUCCGAUUGAGCCAACAUAUGCAGCGUUUACCGUGAAUGCAGUCUCUGCUAACGCGGCAACUUUGACUUAAAAUUGUAAUCAUGUUGUGAUGCUGAACUUCAGUGAUACAGAUUGAAUAGAGCCUUCAGUCUCAUUGUAAUGUGGUUACUUCAGUAAGUGCUACAAUACAUAUCUAUGGUUCCCCUGCAUCCAAGUUCUGAAUGUUAUUGGGGGGAAAAUACCGAAUUUAUGGAGAACGUCCUUUUUCUCACCAUCCCUAUACAUAGACCUUCACUAAAGCCCCAUGCUAAAGAGAGCUCCCACCAGGCCAUGCCCUGACUGACUGUAGACUGUGUCUCCUGAGGUGACCUUUGAGGACGUGAUAGCAGAGCCCCCCUCGGUGCGGAGCUUCGAUAAGGUGUGGCUGUGGAGCCACGCCCUAUUUGAGGUGUCCCGUCUCUGGUGCUACCGGCUCAUCUCCCUCCUCCUGGCCGUGCCCAUCUCUCUGGUGGCAGGGAUCCUCUUUGCUGUCCUCAGCUGCCUGCAUAUCUGGUGGGUCCUCUCACCUUUGAACUCCUCUGACGUGAUCUAUUCAAUGUCUUCAGUUAGUGCUUAAUGGAGUUUAAUGAUGUGCUUGUGGUUUAAAUGCAUGGUGUAUAGUAUAAAGGCUCUAUUCAAUCUGUAUUGCGGAAGUUCAUCUUUACAGCGUGAUUUACAUUUAAAGCAAUGUUGCCACUUUAGCGGAGACUGCAUUCACGGUAAAUGCUGCAUAUGUCGGCUCAAUCAGAAAUUACCUUUAAAUGUAUAUUGUGGAAUCUGUAACGAUUUAGCUUUACAGAUUGAAUAGAGCCCUAAAUUAUCUUAAAGAGACAUUGACCUGGCCUGUUUAUGCUCACUCUUUGUCUGUCUGUCUGUCUGUUUGUCUGUCUCCAGGCUGAUCAUGCCCUGUAUGCAGCUCUUCCUGAUCAACAUGCACUGGGUUCAGACUGUGUGGGGCAGUGUAUUGGACAUCGCCAUCGCCCCGUUCUUUAAGAGUAUGGGGAUGUGCUGCGGUAGCAUCAACGUCCGACUGGCAAGGGACUGAUGUUGGGCUCUGCCACCUUCUAUGGGAGUGUGGAGGAAGUGGGCUGGGUUGGGUUGACGCACACUACAUAUGAAGUGGUCGUUUGCAAUCAUGUCUCAAUCUCAAAGAAAAAUGAUGUUGCUGCCUUCUACUCUGCAAAGAACAAAUUGAAAAAAG